AUGCCACCGUGGUCGCUGAUCUCACCGGCCUCUCGGGGCAUAGGCUUCGCACUCGCAAGACGGGUGUUGCAGACCACGAACGCGCCUGUUGUUACAACAGCCCGAAAGGAUCUCGAUAAGACAAAGGAGGAGUUACUCGAUGGUUUGGAUGUUGACGAGAAGCGAUUGACGGUGUUAAAACUGGAUGUUCUAGACGAGACGACUAUUGCAGAUGCAGCAGCGACCUGCAAGAAGCAGUUCAGUGAUGGCCCUCAUCAGCUUCAACUAGCUAUGAUGGUGCCGGGGAUCCUUUUCCCAGAAAAGUCUCCCUCCCAAAUCAACGCUGACGAAGCGUUAUUGACUUUCCGAACUAAUACUCUGGGUCCAAUGCUUAUGCUCAAGCACUUUUCUUCUUUCCUCCCAAGGAAGAGUGCAGUCAUUGACAAGGAACAAGAGGACAUGACGGGCUUACCAGAUGUAGCUACAAUGGCUAUCAUGUCAGCUCGCGUUGGUAGUAUCAGCGACAACCGUCUAGGAGGAUGGUACAGCUAUCGUGCAUCAAAAGCUGGUGUCAAUCAGGUAGUCAAAACCUUUGACAACCAUCUGAGGACUGCGUCGGGCGAUAACGCGAUGGCGGUUGCCUUACAUCCCGGAACCGUCAAGACUGGGUUGAGUAAAGACUUCUGGAGUAACGUCAAGAAGGAGAAGCUGUUUGAGCGCGACUGGGUUGCAGAAAGGCUAAUUGACGUAAUUCGGCAAGUGGCGCCUGAAGGACGGGGCAAGUGCUGGGACUGGGAUGGGAAGGAAGUGCCGCCUUGA